AGGAGGGGGAGGAGCAGUGAGGGGAGGAGGAACAGCAGAGAGGAGGCGAAAGACUUGAAGACACAAAGCAUGAACACCUGGACACAGCUGGACUCCAGCGUGCAGUGUUGUCAUAUUCAGGGACAGUGUGUGCACGUGCAUCAUCGUCAUCAUCAUCCACACGGACGCUGACCCCUCCCACCUCUGACAGGAUCUCAGGUCAUCAGCGCCACCCUGAGCAAACAAGAGGAGCUGCUUCAUCGUCUGUGUGUUUGUCUGCAGGACUUCAUCUGGACCAGCAGAGGUGGAGAGACCCAGAGACAGACAGGUGUUGCUGCAGCCCUGCUGCUUGGCAGGAAUGUUCCACCGCAGGAAGAAAAAGCGCAGGCCCGAAGUUUCAGCCCCGCAGGAUUUCCAGCAUCGCGUUCACACGUCCUUUGACGCCACCACAGGUCAGUACAUCGGCCUGCCCCCGCAGUGGCAGAGCGUCAUUGACACGCUGAGGAGGCCACGCCCCCUGGUGGACCCAUCUAGGAUCACAGAGGUGGAGCUUGGACCCAAGAAGACAAUCGUACGGGGGAGUUUCAUCGGUCACGGAGACUACAUUUCCCACGUCAUCGCAGAGAUGAGCCGAGUGUCUGUCUCCAGCUCCAAUUCUCUGCGCAGGAGCAGCCCGUCGUCACGGAAACGGGCCCAGUCAAUGGGCCCUCUGGGAGAGCUGGCAGAGGACGAGUCAUGUCAGUACAAGGAGCUGAAGACCAACAGCAGCAGCUCCAACUACUGGCAGGACAGGAUACGUCAAGUGCGCAGCGAGAGCGGUAGCCCCACACUGGGCAGGAGGACGAACACAACACUGCCAGCGAAUGGCGUUCUGCCACUAACCAAGUCAACCUAUGAGUUUGAAGAAGCAAGUCAAACUCCAAAAGCUGGGAUGAGAUCAAGACAGAGGCCAAAGGACACACAUUAUGCCCGCAGUGAGGGGGCAGGGCUAACAGACUGGCAUAGUCAGCCAGGUGGUGUCACCAGACGAAGGCCAGCAUCUGUCCACCAGAACCCAUGGGUGUCAGAACCCACCAACAGGCCAAACCCAAAAGUCAAAGCAGCUGUCACUCAUCUCCCAGACCUUCUGUCUUCCUCCAGAGAACCUCCAAGAAGGCCUCACUCCUCCUAUGACCUGAAGACCUCCUCUUCGCCAUCCCACCUACCACUGCCAAACCUCACCAGCAGUCCAAUUACAGGUCGAAGGUUGAAGCCUCGACUUCCUCUCCCCUCAGCGGGUGCAGCCGUCCCAGGUGCACCUACAGUCGUACCAGCCCUCCGACCCACAAGCCUCUCUCAGCCCCACUCCUCACCCAUCGGUUCCCCAACAUGCACCCCACUGCACAUUAGCCCCACCUCCAACCAGCCUGCCCAGCACUUCAACCACGCCACAGCAGGACCUGAGGCCGGGCCUCCAAGAGUGACACAUGAGCAGUUUAAGGCAGCACUGCAGAUGGUGGUGGACAAAGGAGAUCCGCGGACAAUGCUGGAGAACUUUGUGAAGAUCGGCGAAGGCUCGACAGGCGUGGUGUGUAUUGCUCAUGAGCGGCACAGCGGUCGUCAGGUUGCGGUGAAGAUGAUGGACCUGAGGAAGCAGCAGCGUCGGGAGCUCCUGUUCAAUGAGGUGGUGAUCAUGAGGGACUACCGGCACCAGAACGUGGUGGAGAUGUACCGCAGUGCUCUGGUGGAUGAGGAACUCUGGGUAAUCAUGGAGUACCUGCAGGGCGGUGCUCUCACCCACAUUCUCAGUGAAACCAGGCUGAGCGAGGAGCAGAUGGCCACCGUGUGCGACAGUGUCCUGCAGGCGUUGUCAUACCUUCAUGCUCAGGGCGUCAUCCAUCGUGACAUCAAGAGUGACUCCAUCCUGCUCACACUGGACGGCAGGGUCAAACUGUCAGACUUUGGAUUCUGCGCUCAGAUCAGCAAAGAUGUCCUGAAGAGGAAGUCUCUGGUGGGGACGCCGUACUGGAUGGCACCGGAGGUCAUCGCCAAAACACCAUACGGCACCGAGGUGGACAUCUGGUCUCUGGGCAUCAUGGUGGUGGAGAUGGUGGACGGAGAGCCGCCCUACUUCAGCGACACACCCAUCGCCGCCAUGAAGAAGCUGAGAGAUGACCCACCACCAACCGCGAAGAACAUCCACAGGGUCUCGCUGGUUCUGAAAGACUUCCUGGACCGGAUGUUGAACCGGAACACGCUGCAACGCUCCAGUGCUGCCGACCUCCUGCGACACCCAUUCCUGCUUCAGGCCGGCCCACCCCACUGCCUGGUGCCCCUAGUGGAGCAGUAUCGCAAGCGCAUGUCUCUUUGUUGAAAACACAACUGGCAUCCCAGAUUUAGCGUGAUGAUGUCAGAACUUCACUGUGUCACGUGACAUGCGGGACUCUAACCCUGACCAGGAACCGCCGAUUUUCUCUGAUUGGCUAACACCAAUUCCUCCUGCUCCUAAAAAGACAAACACUGUGAGGUCAGUUUCCUGAUGGGACAGGAAGUAGAAUUUAUCUCAGGGAACAACAGUUCACAUCAGGUCAGCAAAGUUUAACCUUGACCUGUCACCAGGGGCGGGGUCAGCCAGAGGCUCAUCAUUCCUUAUUAGUCAGUAUGGAAGCCAUUAUGUACAUCAAACCAAUCACAUUCCGGUGUUACUUACAGACACACCCACUGAUGCUGCUCAUCAGAGCUUCAGUAAUCAAUCAGGUGUCGCCACGUUCAGGUUGGAAGGUGGCAGAACAGGAACAUUGACCUUCAAACUUUCACCUUAAGGAGACCUCACCCUCCUGAUACCAAGAAACGACAGUCACAUGACCCUGACAUUCAGGCACACAUUUUAUCAUGCUAAUAUUUACUGUUAGCAGGUGCACACCACUGCAGCAUGCUAAUGCUAGCAUUACAAAUGGAGCAGCACAACACAAAAGACAUAAACCUGUUAUGACUGUCAGGUCAGCAUGCUAACAUCAGUACGUUAAUGCUAACAUGAUAAUGUUAGCGUGUUUCACUGUCAGGUCAGCAUGCUAACAUCAGUAUGUUAAUGCUAACAUGAUAAUGUUAGCGUGUUUCACUGUCAGGUCAGCAUGCUAACAUCAGUACGUUAAUGCUAACAUGAUAAUGUUAGCGUGUUUCACGUCAGGUCAGCAUGCUAACAUCAGUAUGUUAAUGCUAACAUGAUAAUGUUAGCGUGUUUCACUGUCAGGUCAGCAUGCUAACAUCAGUAUGUUAAUGCUAACAUGAUAAUGUUAGCGUGUUUCACUGUCAGGUCAGCAUGCUAACAUCAGUACGUUAAUGCUAACAUGAUAAUGUUAGCGUGUUUC